AUGCCUGUGCGUGGCUUCGUAGGGCCGCAGUACGCGAACGUGGGAUUCAGGUACGGGUACAUCAGCGUUCAACCAGACCCCAUGGUGCACGCUCCCGCAUCUGUCGCGACGCCUCCUGUCGCGCCGUCAACACCAUUCCCCAGCGCGAUCCAUCCGGAAAGCCAGCCAACGGUGCAAGCCCCGCCAGACCCUAGCGAAGCAUUGGUUGUCGCGGACGCGACUGGUGUAGGUGGGCAACUACAGGCGAACGCGAGGAACGCGGGCCGUGGAGCGGGUGCAAGAGGAAACGCGGGAAGGGGAAGAGGGACUGGUGGGAGAGGGAACGCGGGAAGAGGGACUGGUGCGAGAGGGAAUGCGGGAAGAGGGACAGGGGAGAGAGGGAACGUGGCUAGAGGGAGAGGUGCGAGAGGAAGGGGUGAGAGAGCGAGUGCGGGACGUGGGACAGGUGUGGGAUCGAACGGGGAUAGUGCGAAUGGGCAGGGAGCGCAUGGGGUGACAGGUAACGGCGGCAGGGGUAACGGUGUUAACGCGAACGGCGGUACCGGUAACGGGCCAGUUAAUAGACCGCGUAUAAGGAGGCGGCGAGUCGAUGUCGUGCCGCACACGGCACGCAACGGCUCCCGGGAGGGGAGCGAGGGGGCAAGCGAUGAGGAUGACGAGGACGACGUUGACGAUGCGGACGAUAGUUGGAAUGACGAUGACGAAAACUACCUAUCGAACUCGCUGUCCGAGCUCAACGAGGAGGAGGCGGAAGACAACGAACGGGUGCGGGGUACGCGGAGGGACAUUGAGGUCCCUAUCGCGGAUUGGAACAGGCUUGGUGUGGACGACACGCCGGCCACGAAACGAGAGAUGUGCUACGGAAUCCUAUACGGUGUCUCUGAGGCCACGCUAAAGAAGUAUUGCGGUUGGGCCAAUAAGUACAAGCGGUUCAUGGCUCACGAGCUGCCUAAACUGGAUGCGGGUAGGUUUGGUGAGGAGGCCACGUUGAGAAACGCGAACCCCGACGAGAUAGGGGUCGCGCUCGAACAGAACAUGGGUGGUGACUGGAAGAUGGCGGAGGGCGACGAGCAGUGGUUCCACGACCCUGAGACGGAUCCGUGGCGCUUACGCAAAUACGUGACCUUCCUCGCGAACGAGACAGUCGCACAGGCGGACAGGAUGGCCACACUCAAGCGGCCAGAAAAGACAUUGAAGAAGAGACGCCAGUGCACCCCGGCAAUGCUGAUGGGGCGUCUCAAGGCUUUGAACCUGCUCAUCAAGCUUGAUGGGGCCAUCUUCAAGAAGCCCGUUCUGAACCUGCUGCGCGACUUUGCAGAGUGUCGCAUCUAG